AGCAUCAUUACUCCAGUCUUCGGUGUCACAUGAUCCUUCAGAAAUCCUUCUGAUAUUCUGAUUUACAGCUCUGUUACACAUGUUCUUUUACAUGAUCUUAACGAUCUACCUGGCGUUAAACCACUUAACAAAUUCCAUGCUGUUUAGCCGAGGGCACUCAAUUAAUUCUCUGUUACCGAACCCCUUUUAAUUUAACACAGAGAAUUCAGCCGCAGGCAUUUCCUCCUUGCUCUGAACUGUGUCAGAGCAGUCUAGCGUGCUGGAAUAGAUUUUAUGCCUUAACUGCUCCUGGUCCACCUAUUGUUCAAAGAAAUGCAGGAUGAAAGAGGAGCGGAGAGACACUCUGCUUAGGAAACGAAAAGUGCUGCACCUGCUGUCCCAGUGGAGCUCGCUGUGCACAGACCUGCCCCGGGACAACGAGCACGCCAAGCUAUUCCUCAAGACUCUGUACAGAUACGUUCUGGAUGAUCUCUAUGAGUUUCCCUCACUGGAGAAGGAUCUAAAAGAACUUCAGAAACUUCUACGGAUGCAAAGGAGACACACGGUAGAUGAAUACUCUCCGCAAAGGAAGAAUAAAGCUCUCUUCCAUCAGCUGAGUCUAAAGGAGAACUGGCACCCUGUGAGAGGAGCUCAGAGGGAGAGGAAGGAAGUGCUGUGUCGUGUGUAUGUGACCAUAGACUCAUACGUGAGUGUGAGGACCCACAGUGAGGUGUCCGUGCAGGAACUGUUGAGCACUGUGGCUGAAAGGUUCGACUGUGCUGAAGACGACAUGGUGCUGAUGGCCGUCACAUAUCCUGGAGAGAAGGUUCUGCUUCAGUCAGAUCAGUGUGUGUUCUCGUCUUCACUCAGUGCCGCUGAGAGGCUGCACGUCUGCAGAAGAGACCUGACGGAGAUCGUGAGUCCCUUCACUGAUAACAGGCAGCAGAGCUCAGUGAAGAUGCUGAGCAUGAACACGUGGGAUGUAGCCGUGUCGCUCACCAACUGUGACUGGAGUCUCUUUAGUAUCAUGCAUGAGCAAGAGCUGGUAUACUUUACACUGAGCCGAGACGUGAGCGCCGGCCACACGAUGGCGCUGGAGCAGCUGUUGCAGCGCUGCAAUGAGACUCAGCAGUGGGUGAUGACUGAAGUGCUCAUGUGCCCAAACCUCUGCAAACGUGUGCAGCUCUUCAAGAAAUUCAUCAAGAUCGCAGCACACUGUAAAGAACAGAGGAACCUGAGCUCAUUCUUUUCCAUCAUUAUGGGACUGAACAGUCCUGCUGUCAGUCGACUCACUCAGACAUGGGAGAAAGUCCCUGGGAAGUUCAGGAAGUUGUUCUCCGAGCUGGAGAGCUUGAUGGACCCUUCUUUUAAUCACAAAGCCUACAGAGAUGCCUUCAGGAAGAUGAAGUCUCCCAAGAUCCCUUUCCUGCCUCUGCUUCUGAAAGAUAUUACCUUCAUUCACGAAGGCAACAGAACAUUUCUUGACAACCUAGUCAACUUUGAUAAACUACACAUGAUAGCAGACACAUUGCGCAUUAUCAGCCAGUGUCGGACAGAUCACAUGGGGUAUAGGUGUCCAUCAGGAAACAUGCUGUCGCAGAAGGACAGCACAGAAGUGAGAACGUACAUCAAUUACCUACACGUCAUCGACAAUCAACGGACUCUGUUUGAGCUCUCACACAGACUUGAGCCCAGGACAUAAAUGAUGGAAGGACAUGAUGUAUCCUAAAUCCACUUCACAAGACAGGACAGCAUCCUUCUAACUGAAGGCUGUUAUGAGUGAGUCCUCCACUAGAGAGAGACACACUCACACACACUAACCACACAGGAUAGAACAGUAUUGCACAGCCAAAGAAGCAUCCGCCAGUUCAACAGUGUGAAAGGAACAAAGAAGCUGAAUCAUGCAAGACUGUGAAAAAGAAAACUGGCUUCUGAAACAGGAAGAAUUUACAGAACUGUUAUAACAGGAAACAUCACAGUGGAUCCAGUAUUCUGUUUGUUACAGUACAGAAACAUCACGUUGGGAAUUCAGAUGUUUUCAUACACACUUUCACUCUGUAGUGUAGGGCAGAUUUUAUGAGAAAAUAAUAGACCCAUCAUUAUUCCUACGUAGUCCAAUUAAUCUGCAAUGUGAGGUACAUGCACAAAUCACAAAACAAUGUGAUGCCUUGAUCAUGACCAACAAACAGUUUAUAGACAAUCAGAAAAAUAUUCCAAGGCAGCACACUGUAUUUUAGCUGCAGAAUUGCUACCAGAAGCAGGAAGUAGAAGUCUAGCAGAUUUUAAGAUAAAUAAUUGGUUUUAAAUUAUGGAUGUAUUUUAUUGGAAAGGCCAUACUGAAAAUAACUGAGCAGUGGUUCUUACACUAGAUGGUGCUUAAAAAAAGCUAAUAUGUAGAUUUCUUGUAUAAGUUGUAGUUGGACUUGUGAGACAUUGAGCUAUUUAUUACACAACAAGCUUGUCCCUGAUUCAGAAGGGAAAACAAAACAGGUUUUACAUGCAAAGAAAAUCUGUAAUUUACUGUAAAUGUAAUCAGAUGGUCUGAAGGAUUUGGUGACACCAUUGAUUGACCAAUUUUAUAAAGCCUGUGAACUCUGUAAAUACUAAGACUUAAAAUAAAUAAAUAAUAAUAAUAAACAGGCUAUACAGCAAUAGCAAGGUGUACAACUCACCCUCAGAGAGAAAAAAAAAAAUGUUAGCAGUGAUUGACUGUAGCUGCGGUUUGGACAAGUUUUCUUCACUAAGAG